AGCUCACGGUACCAGUUUAACUCCGGUAUCACACCGGUAUCGAUAAUAUCGACGUUCGUUUCGACCCGCGCGGCUCAGGAGUUCCUAAUAAAAUGGCUGCAAGCGCAAGGAGGCAGUGAGCCGUAAGGGGGCGUGGCCAGACCCCGCCCUCGCAGAGGAAUAAAGAGCGGGGACGAGCGUGGCGGGUGGGCGUGGAGUGGAGUGGCCGUGUGCUGCCGGGGAUGCAACGCGCGCAUUCAUGUGCACGCUGCGUGGGGCGGGGAGCGUGGAUUUUUACACGCGGAGUUGGAACCAGGUGCGCCAUUUCUUGUUUUUUUUUUUUUUUGCGUGUAUUUCGCUUCUUUUUCUUUGUUCGUGAAGUGCACCUGAACGCAUCACCGCUGUUUUGAGUUCCGGAGUCCAGUCUAGAAGCGGAACGCCUGCGAGAUUUUCAUUCGGUUUUUUUUUUGGGGGGGGGGGAAGAAAACUUUGGACUCUCACAGAGGACCCGCAGAACCCCCCCACCACCACCGCCGCCCCGCCCACGUCGAGAACGUAAACAAAAACCGGAUCUGGACCAGACCAAAUGACGAUGAGGGGGACAAAGUGUGCCACGGAGGUGCUGCUUGUGACCCUGCUGUCGUGGGUGUGCGUGUGGGCCGAGGAGAAGAUCAUAUUUGACAGACACUCCGUCUACUGGAACAGCUCCAAUCCCAAGUUCUGGCACGGGGAGUACCGGGUGGCGGUGAACAUCAACGACUACCUGGACAUCUACUGCCCCUACUACGAGGGCCCCCCCAACCACGGCCGCAUGGAGCGCUACAUCCUCUUCAUGGUCAACCACGAGGGCUACACUUCCUGCCAGCACCGCCUGCGGGGUUUCAAGCGCUGGGAGUGCAACCGCCCCAGCGGCGCCGACGGGCCCCUGCGCUUCUCCGAGAAGUUCCAGCUCUUUACGCCUUUCUCGCUGGGCUUUGAGUUCAGGCCCGGACACGAGUACUACUACAUCUCGUCUCCUCAUCCCAACCAUGUGGGGCGGGCGUGUCUAAAGCUGAAGGUGUACGUCAGACCUCCUGGGUCAGGAUACGAUUCCCCGGAGCCCUUCCUGACUGACGGAUGUCCGAGCUGUAGGCCAGACCCCCUGGUCCCGGUAGCCGUUCUGGCCUGGCUGCUGCUGGGACUCUUCUACUGGCUGUGACCGCCCAACUCUCUUCCUUGGAGGUACUGCCCCGGGAUUCAGGGCUGGGUCUGGGUCUGGGUCUGGGCCGGGCCGGGCUGGCUGUCCCUCUAACUCCACCACCCCCCUCAGGGAAGCCCCUUUUUUGACUUUGAUUCCCCUUUCCUUGCCACUCCCUCACUAUUUACAACGCGAACACCAGCCACCAUCACUGCCAGCCGCCCGGCCCGCCCUCCACCCGAGGACACCCUUCCCUAGCCUGGCCUUCCCAAGUCUACAGGGCGGACCGCAUAUGUUGCACUCUGGGAAUCGUCCUUUCACUGGUAUCAGGAUCCCCUUUUUUUAACGUGACUGUAGAUUCUCGGCCGGGGACGGGGGGUCACGCCUCCAAGGGUAUGAUUACACUUGUCAUCCGUAUCAUCCGAGCAUUCCGGGGGGUCGAUGUAGUAGUGGGUGGUGUUGAAUGCGAUCUGGUCAAAUCCCAGUUGAUGACAACUUUAACCAUAGCCCCCUUGGAGGUCCGGGUGGGUUCCGGGUGGGUUCCGGGUGGGCCUGGCGUGGUGUAUAUUUUCAGGUGGGAUGUGUUCUUGUCUUGUUUGUGUUUCUAAACAAAGCAUUUAUCACCGCCCGAUCUCGGGACGGGCGCCGUCUUCUGCACUUGUCUUAUUAGUCCCAACGGGUUGGGUGACUUCUGGAACCAUGACUUUACUCCUGUAUGAAUGUACCACUGGUCACCCGCCUCUUUUGUUUUUGUGUCUUUGUUACGACGGUGGUCACUUCCCCCGGUCGGACGGGGCUUCUGGGGAACGCUUUCUGGGUGAACGUGAUCUCGGGGACGGGGGUCGGGGUUUUAAAGGCGAGGAGAAGAUGAAGUGGGACACUCCAAGUUGCAUGACCACUGUGAAACCAGAACCGCCGUGUUUGUAUUGAUGAUCUAUUUUUUCAUGCGGGGAACCAGAACCAGAACCGGAACCAGAACCACCCUGCUGACAUGCCCCCGCUCUUCCCGGAGACUCUUCCCACAGCAUAAGGGACGAUUCCCGCUCAUGAAUUGACUGGGAAAACGUUGCUCAGAAACUGAAGCGGACCACACUGGAUGUUUAACGCUGACUGGAACUGGUCUUUUUUGGGGGGGGGGGGCGGUGGGGGGUCAACCAGUCUUCAGGGAAGCGCAUGGACUUUGGCGUGUGGGGUGUCACCACAAACACAAACACACACACAUGAACAUACACACACAUACACAUCCGUGGGCCGAAGACGGAAUGUGUCAUUGACGGAAUUUUGCUGGGAAUUGAACAAAGUGAGCGAGCACUGUGAACACAUGGAAACACGCGUACAGGUAAACUGUCACAGGGAUUUAGUAGUAUCUCGUACAAAAACUACACAUAUGUUCAUAUUCCAUGUAUUCCUCAAAAAACAUGUUUUUGAUUCACAUUUUUAACUUAUCUUUUAAACAUUUUAAGAAAUUUUAGUUUUUGUGUUACUACCCCAACCUUCCAUAAGUGGGUCAAAAAUGACCCGGUCAGGUUGUUUUCAUGAAAUAUCUUCAUAAUGAAAAUUUUUUAUCAUUUCAUAUUCCAGGUAUUCCUAAAAAAAACAUGUUUUUGAUAUCAUGCCGUUCAUAUUUUUAACUUAUAUUUUAAACAUUUUAAGGAAUUUUAGUUUUUGUGUUACUACCCCAACCUUCCAUAAGUGGGUCAAAAAUGACCCGGUCAGGUUGUUUUCUUGAAAUAUCUUCAUAAUGAAAAUUUUUUAUCAUUUCAUAUUCCAGGUAUUCCUAAAAAAAAAACAUGUUUUUGCGAUCAUGCCAUUCACAUUUUUAAGUUACCUUUUAUACAUUUUAAGAAAUUUUAGUUUUUGUGUUACUACCCCAACCUUCCAUAAGUGGGUCAAAAAUGACCCGGUCAGGUUGUUUUCUUGAAAUAUCUUCAAAAUGAAAAUUUUUUAUCAUUUCAUAUUCCAGGUAUUCCUUAAAAAAACAUGUUUUUGCGAUCAUGCCAUUCACAUUUUUAAGUUACCUUUUAUAAAUUUUAAGAAAUUUUAGUUUUUGUGUUACUACCCCAACCUUCCAUAAGUGGGUCAAAAAUGACCCGGUCAGGUUGUUUUCUUGAAAUAUCUUCAUAAUGAAAAUUUUUUAUCAUUUCAUAUUCCAGGUAUUCCUAAAAAAAAACAUGUUUUUGCAAUCAUGCCAUUCACAUUUUUAAGUUACCUUUUAUAAAUUUUAAGAAAUUUUAGUUUUUGUGUUACUACCCCAACCUUCCAUAAGUGGGUCAAAAAUGACCCGGUCUGGUUGUUUUCUUGCUAUCAUGCCAUAAAAUAAUUAAAUUAAUAAAGUUAAAUAAUUCACUAAAUAAUAACUAAAUAACUAAAUAAUAACUAAAUAAUUAAAUAAUUAAUAAUUAUUAUAAAAACUAUUAUUAGUAUCAAUUUUUACUUUUUGCUGUUUAUUACCCCAUUUUUCCCCCCCAAAAAAAUUGUUUGUUUUUCGCAUGAAUAAUUAAAAAAAAUUAUUCUUGUGAAAUUACAGCUAUUUUUUCAACUUCUGUUAUUUUUUUAAGUUAUUGUGUUAAACUGUAAAUUUAUAAAAUGCCAAUAAAAAAUGGCCGAAUGGCCACACAGGGACGCCCCUGCCCUAAUUUUUUUUUAAAUCUUAGCAAAAUUAUUAUUAAAUAAUUAACUAAAUAAGAACUAAAUAAUUAAUAAUUAUUAUAAAAAACUAUUAUUAGUACACAUUUUUUGCACAAAUAAUUUUAAAAAAUUAUUCAAAAAAAUUAUUCCCUUUUUAAAUCUUAGCAAAAUUAUUAUUAAAUAAUUAACUAAAUAAUAACUAAAUAAUUAAUAAUUAUUAUAAAAAAAACUGUUAUUAGUAUCAAUUUUACUCUUUGCUGUUUAUUACACAAUUUUUUCCAAAAAUUUUUUUUUGUUUUUUCGCAUGAAUAAUUAAAAAAAUAUAUUCUUGUGAAAUUACAGCUAUUUUUUCAACUUCUGUUUUUUUUUUAGUUAUUGUGUUAAACUAUAAAUUUAUAAAGUGCCAAUAAAAAAUCAGUCAUGUGCCACAAAUGGCCUAAUGGCCACACUUUGGACGUCCCUGCCCUAGUUUUUUUUAAAUCUUAGCAAAAUUAUUAUUAAAUAAUUAACUAAAUAAUAAUUACAUAAUUAAUAAUUAUUAUAAUAAACUAUUAUUAGUAUCAAUUUUACUAUUUGCUGUUUAUUACACCAUUUUUCCCAAAAACUUUUUUUUUGCAUAAAUAAUUUUUAAAAAUUAUUCUUGUGAAAUUUCAGUUAUUUAUGCAACUUCUGUUUUUUUUUUUUAGUUAUUGUGUUAAACUAUGAAUUUAUAAAGUGCCAAUAAAAAAUCACCCAGGGACCGCAAAUGGCCUAAUGGCCGCACUUUGGACACCCCUGCCCAAACUUUUUUGAAAUCUUAGCAAAAUAUGGCAUUUUUGUGGGAAAAAUAAGUAUUUUAAAAUAAGUAUUUUGGUCCAAUUUACUACUAAAUUCUUGUGACAUGUAAAGAAAACCAACAAUACACACACACACACACGCACACACACACACACACACACACACACAAACAAGGGGAAGCACCUCCUUCCCCGUUUCCUCUUAUUUUUGUAGCAUUUAAAAAUCACUGUCGUGUGGGAUGCAGUGAUGGGCGGGGGUGGGGGCGGGGGCGGGGGCGGGGGCGGCAUAGCCUGUGGAAGAUUAAAACAAACAAACGAAAAAAAAAUCUGUGUCUUCUUCUAUUCCACCGAUUCUUUGGUUUCUGAUGAUGGCUAGCGGUGGAGGGAGGACGCCAUCUUGUACGACUUUGUCUACUUUUUUUCUUCUUUGUGCUGAUUUUUUUUUCUUGUUUUUUUUUCUUUCCUGUGGCCGAUUGAGAGGAAACACAGAAAGGAGAAACACACAAAUAAAGAUUGUCUUUUUGUCUACUU